CAGGGGCCCGCGGGGCUGCCAUGGAGGUGCCCAACGUCAAGGACUUCCAGUGGAAGCGCCUGGCGCCGCUGCCCAGCCGCCGCGUCUACUGCUCCCUGCUGGAGACUGGGGGGCAGGUCUAUGCCAUCGGGGGCUGUGACGACAACGGCGUCCCCAGGGACUGCUUUGAGGUCUACUCCCCCGAGGCCGACCAGUGGACGGCCCUGCCCCCCCUGCCCACAGCCCGGGCCGGGAUGGCCGUCAUCGCCCUGGGGAAGAGGAUCAUGGUGAUUGGGGGGGUGGGCACCAACCAGCUGCCCCUGAAGGUGGUGGAGAUGUACCACAUCGACGAGGGCAAGUGGAAGAAGAGGAGCGUGCUGCGCGAGGCCGCCAUGGGCAUUUCUGUCACGGCCAAAGAUUACCGAGUGUACGCGGCAGGUGGGAUGGGCCUGGACCUUCGUCCGCACAACCACCUUCAACACUAUGACAUGCUCAAGGACAUGUGGGUGUCGCUAGCACCCAUGCCCACCCCACGAUACGCGGCCACCUCCUUCCUUAGAGGCUCCAAGAUCUAUGUGCUGGGAGGACGACAGUCCAAGUAUGCAGUCAACGCCUUCGAGGUCUUUGACAUUGAGACUCGCUCCUGGACCAAGUUCCCCAACAUUCCCUGUAAACGGGCCUUCUCCAGCUUCGUGACCCUGGACGACCGCUUGUACAGCCUGGGAGGCCUGCGGCAGGGCCGGCUCUACCGGCAGCCCAAGUUCCUCCGGACUAUGGACAUGUUUGACAUGGAACAGGGGGGGUGGCUGAAGAUGGAACGCUCCUUCUCCCUCAAGAAGCGCCGAGCAGACUUUGUGGCUGGCUCUCUGAGUGGGCGGGUCAUAGUGGCCGGAGGACUUGGGAACCAACCCACUGUCCUGGAGACGGCAGAGGCGUUCCACCCAGGGAAGAACAAGUGGGAGGUGCUCCCAGCCAUGCCCACGCCCCGCUGUGCCUGCUCCAGCAUUGUCGUCAAGAACUGCCUCCUGGCUGUGGGGGGCGUCAACCAGGGUCUGAGUGACGCGGUAGAAGCCCUGUGUGUCUCUGACUCCUAGUUAUCCUGGGCCCAGCACCUUUGCCCUGGACCGGAUCACCUGACUCUUGACAAGAGGAGUGCUCUUGUCAAAGCAGUUUGGGCUACUUCCCAGAUGCCAGUGGGGCCAGACUCUGGGGCUUAAAUGACCUCCCUCCACCUCCUAAUCCUACCACAUCCUAGGAAACUCUAGGGAGUCCCAAUGACCUCCAGCCCCUGGUUGGAGCUCAGCAGACCUCGGGGGAGAGUCCUCACUUCCUGCUCAGGCAGAGAAAUGUACAGCAGUAUCCGCUACCUGCCCCUCUCUGAGUCCCAUCUCUCCCCAUCUCCAGAGGAUGAGCUGCCGCCGCUGUCUUUCCCAGCUCUCAACGAGUUUGAGGGGCUCUUAGGAUGGAAAAUGGAGGAGGGUUGGGGACACCCAAAUGCCUCUUCUCUCCCUUGGCCUACAUCCCUUCCCCAUUUGGUGAUCAACUGUGAGCCUGCCCUGGACCUCAUCUUCGCAGCAAGAAUUGGCCUUAGAGGCAGCUGAGUUGGAAGGAAAGUCAUGGACUGAUCCCUGUUGGCAGCCUUGGCCAGGAAGGACCUGGGCCUCUCCAGGGUCCUCGAUGGGAAUGUGAUGCUGGGGAAGGAGCCGACUCUGCCCAGCCUCUGCUCCCCGCUCCUCUCCUCACUGUUUCUCCUUCUGCCACCCCUCCCCACCAGAGGCCUGGCCCUUCUGUCGCCAAUAGCCCCAGAGUGUUUCCGUGUGAAACCUCAUUUACACUGUGGCACCAAAAUCCACAAAGGAUGGAUUAAUUGCACUCCAGUUAUCUGCAGCAGCACAAUGAUUAAAAUCUAUAUUCCUAUCU